UGUUUUGAAGGAUUAAAGUUGUUCUUUUUGUGUGUAAUCUGUUGAAGUUGAACCUACCCAAUCAUGCUCUGCUAUUGUUAACACACGGGUAGCUUUAAAUUUAUAAAGGAGGCAUGCCUUCUCGUGUGUUUUAACAACUGGUCAAUACACUCAAUGAUUGGAAUAGAAGUAAAAACUUACAUUAAUUUUUCGGUUAGGUAUUCAAAACAUUUUGAAACUAGGAAAUUAAGAUGACGAAUACGAUUUUUAUUAGGCAUUUAUGACUGAGAAAAAGAAAUCUUUAAUAUUUUACAAAAUGCUUAUUGAGAAGCUGAAUCAACAAACAAUUAGAAAAUGUCACUGGCUAUAAUAUAACAUAGUAGUGUAUAAUAGGCCGAAUUACACGAGGGUUGGUGAUAUAAGAUGGGCCACUAUUCAGAGACUUGCUCCGAGCGACGAAUCCUACUUUGGCUGUUCUUCCUUCUCGUAUUAUACAACAAAACAGAGUCGUCAUGUAAUAAAAGGUAUACCUUCCUAAGCAACAACAGCUUUACCAUCACAAGCCCUUUGUGGCCGUCCUCACCACCCAGCAACACCACGUGUAAUUGGGCAAUUGAAUCGUCACCAAACACCUACCUCGUCUUCCAAGUACAAGAGAUUGAAGUGAACCCUUCCUCUCCAUGCGAUCAUUACCUGAGCUUUCGACUUUCGUCUGGAGAAAAAUCUUAUUACAUAACUAAAUAUUGCCGGCUAGUCACCCCGACCUACAUUUAUUCCCUGGAUAACUAUAUGGAAAUCGAGUACCACAUCGGGUCAGCGGACGGUAUCAGCAAGGGACUUAAGGGAACGAUUCACAUUCUCCAAGCUAUGUGUACCAGAGUGAUGGUCAAUGAUGAUAAGUUGAGCGGUGUCUUUGCCACACCCAACUACCCGUACGUAUACCCUGCCAACAUUAACUGCACCUGGAGUAUAACCGUACCAAAGGGAUACCAUAUCAGGUUAAACCUCAAGCGCAUUUGGGUUCCAGUUUCUAACAAUUGCGCAUCCGAUCACGUGACCAUCCUGGAUGGAUUCGGGAAAAGUGCACGUGUGCUGAAGGUGUUGUGCGGGCAUCUAUCGGUCCCGGAAGUACUGUCAACAGGCCAAUUCAUGCAAGUUACCCUAUACUCAGACAAGAGAACCACAUCACAUGGCUUUACAGGAGUAUACACAGCAAAGCCAGACACCAUUCAACAAACAACACUUUUCUCGACGGAGCAAACCACACAGUCUGCUUCAACUCCCUCUACUUUAACCAAGUCAACAAUGAUUACAACACACCCCACUUACCCUACAACGGACACACCCUCCCCCACACAGUCUACAACGGACACACCCUCCCCCACACAGUCUACAACGGACACACCCUCCCCCACACAGUCUACAACGGACACACCCUCCCCCACACAGUCUACAACGGACACACCCUCCCCCACACAGUCUACAACGGACACACCCUCCCCCACACAGUCUACAACGGACACACCCUCCCCCACACAGUAUACCAAGGACACACCCUCCCAAACACAGUCUACAACGGACACACCCUCCCAAACACAGUCUACAACGGACACACCCUCCCCCACACAGUCUACAACGGACACACCCUCCCCCACACAGUCUACAAUAGACCAAACAUCAUUAACAACAACAAUACCAUCUCGCACACAGUCUAGUACAACAAACUUGACCACCCAAUCCAAGCAGACUAAAAUAACAUUGCAUCCAACACAUUCUUUAAUGUCCUCCUCCUCCCUUACACUGUGCGGCUCAAUGGUAUCACCAACCCUCAUAGCGCCUACACAUUCCUUCGUGGUUCCUUCGAUGACACUGCCUCAAGAAUUUGGAUCAUCAAUCACUUUCAACAAAAUGUCCAUACGGCCAAGCUCUACACGCCAGGUGCCACCAACCAGCGCUUUGACAACACGGAAACCUGACCCCAUCCCAGGUAGGCUGAUUUUUUAUCUUAUUUUAUUCAUCUUUUUUUAUUAACUUAAAAGUGCAUGUUUUUCUUACACACCGUCGUGAUUCAAUAACGCCUUCCAUUUCAGCGCCCCCUCCUCAUUAAGUGCUUCCCUCCCCUACCCCCUUCUCUCAACAAAAGCAACACUUGAAUGAUGUAAAUCUUCGUAUUGAGGUCGCAUUGACAGCCUCACAUUACAACAUGGGUUUUCUUAUUGUGGUGAAAUAAUAAUAACUAAUUGUGGUGAAAUAUUCCUAGUGGCAUGUUAAAAAAAGCUUCUACUUGAUAUAUAAUGCCUUAUUAUAUUUAAUUUUUGCGAUUUCGCGAUUUUCGUAUAAAGCAAGUCACUAUGUUUUCGAUCGACUUUUCGAUUUUGGGACAAUAAAAUCAAGUAAAACGAGUAGAAUUUAAAUGUGCUUUAAUCAUCAAAACUGUAACUAACAGUGUACUAUAUGUGUCUAAUGCACUAUAUGUACAUUAGAGGACUAUAUAGAAAAGGCGUUUCCAUAAAGCUUGUUAAAAUUUUUCAUCCAAAGGGUUUUUGUGUAUCUGUUGUAGUCGAAAAUGAAUGUUAGUCCAAAAUAAAAAUGGACUAGUCCAAAAUGAAACCAAACCAGUCCAAAAUAAAAUUGGACUAGUCUAAAAUAAUAUGGUUGAAUAUGUCAAUGAUUCUAAAAAGGGAUUUUCCCUUUUUGGGGUCUCAUUAAAAAAAAAUGGGGUAUUUUUCGGGGGUAAAAAAGUCUUAUUCCAUUUUGUUUCUACUCGCUCCUUUUCACUCUCAUUCCUUUCCUGCUUUUUCCUUUUCCUCUAUUCCUUACCUACCUGCCUGCCUACUGUUAUAAAUUAUAUCUUACCUUUUUUUCCAGUAUGUGCCACCACUAGGAUCGAACUCUCGAUCCCUAGCUUGCCUGUCCGUUACCUUAACCACUCUGCCAUCCAGACAUUGCGAUGGAAGACACGGUUUAGAAACUAAUUUUAUUACUGUGGCGCCUCUUGGGAAAUGAACAACAAUACAAAACUCCACGCAAGCGCGGUCACCAAAGCGUGUUUAGUUAGCAAUGGCUGCUAGCGUCUGUGCCGAUGCAGUCGAUUUCUACUCGAAAUUAGAAGAAUUAAAGGAAAAAAGUAAGUCUAGCAAAAGCAACACAACAUUAUACAUCUGUGACGAAUUCUACGAGAAGGGCAAGCAAUGGCUGAAAUGUACGACGCCAGAAGAGAAGAAAGACAUCGCACUGUCGGACAAUGAUAAGUUGAAAAUCAUUCGCAAUAAGUGGAACGUUGACGAGGAAGGAAGAGUCAUUGAUGCCAAGGGAAAGUACGUUGUACAUAAAUCGACCAUCCACGAUGUCCUCUCGCAAGCUUACAAAGCAAUCUGCCAUCGAGGGAGGGAUAAAACUACCAAGUAUCUCAGUAAGAAUUAUAGUAACCUACCUAAACAAAUUAUAACAUUAUUUACCUCUAUAUGCAAAUUGCAUCAAGAACAAGCCAGCCUCACCAACUAUUGCAAGAAGCCGGUGACAAAACCUAUUCAGGCAGAUGGAUUUUUGAGCCACCUGUAAAUGGAUUUAAUUGAUUUUCGUAAGAUACCCUGCAAUUGUGGACGGAGGCAUUUAUGGGCUCUUCAUGUUGAAGAUCAUUUUUCCAAGUACUCAUGGCUACUUCCACUGAAAAAGAAGGAAAGUCUUGAAGUCGCCCAAACCAUCGAGCCCUUGUUUUGGCAGUUCGGGUUUCCAUGCAAAUUGCACAGACAGGGGAGGAGAGUUUAAAGGGAGCGUUGAUGACUUCUGCGCAAAGUUCAACAUACCACAAGCCCGAGGCGCUCCAAGAAACCCUUCUGCUCAGGGACUUGUCGAGAGGGCAAACCGACUAGUAAAGGAGAAUUUGUUAAGCCUCAUGAAAGAGAAGGGAUUAGCAUCAAAUGGUGCGAAAUUCUGAAUGAGGCGGCCAACAAAAAAAAUAUCACUCUUCAUUGAGCAAUUGGCAAAUCGCCCUACGAAGUUGUUUUUGGCAUCUUCCCCAUAAAGAGAAGGCAUUUACCCCAACGAGGGAAAUAACCGGUAUCCUAAGCACCGUUCAAGAAGAAGGAAACAACGAUGAUAAAGUCGAAUCCGUGAGUAAUAAAGAAGAAGAAGAGCUGGCCACUGUUGAGACAAGAGCCCAAAAACGAAAAAAAAAAAAAAAGAGCGAGACAGUCCCUGAAAGGGCAGCGACAUCAAAAACAACUACCAUGACAGUCAGCACCAUAGAAAGCCAUGAUCAAAAUGUGGAAGAAGAUGAAAGUGGAAUCAUCAUUGAGACAAGAGCACAAAAGCGAAAA